CUCUCUCUCUCUCUCUCUGUUUGAUUUGGGGGACGUGCUUUCAUCAACCCCCACAGUCUUUAAAAACAACAGAGCUUUAGUGUCUGUUUAUGUGGGUCACAGGACAGAGGGAAGGAAGAGGUAGUAUCAGUCCAGCCAGGGAGGCACAAUGCGCUCUCUCUCGCCGCUGUGGCUGUGCGCGGCCCUGCCAGGUCUGCUGUGGGCCUCAUAUGUCAGUCUGAUUGUGGAGGGGGACAAUGAUGCCUCCAGGAUCUGCAAACCUGCCCCCUACUGGGAGAUAAAAGGAAAGGCGCCCAUGCAAGAGCUGCUGGGAAGUGUGGUUGUGGUGGCGCUGCUGAAGGCAAGCUGACAGUUCUGUCUCACUCAGGCCUCCAAGAUUGGAGGCCUGCGUGACAAGCUUAAACGCAACAACAUGACUGAGGUGUCCUUCAUGAUAGUAAAUGAGCGGGAGGCUCAGUCCAGGGCCAUGUACUGGGAGCUGAAGAGAAGAGCGUCCCCUGGUGUUCCUGUGUACCAGCAGGCUCCACUUCAGAAUGAUGUGUGGGAGGCUCUGGAUGGAGACAAAGAUGACUUCCUGGUUUACGAUCGGUGUGGACUGCUCACCUUCCAUAUCGUGCUGCCUUACAGUUUCUUGCAUUACCCCUACAUAGAGGCUGCCAUCAGAGCCACUUAUCAAACAAACAUCUGCAACUGCUCUGCUAAUUAUACAUCAUCAAGUGGCCACAACAGCACCAUAAAGAACAUGACAACACAGUUAAAUAUCAACUCUUCAAGCACAACGCCCACACCUCAAUUGGAAACUGAUGAUCGAGAUGUGGACACCACUCCUAUGAUGUCUCCUAAACACCAUCAUUAUCAUCAUCACCAUCAUCACCAAUCUCAUCACCACCAGCCCCUCCAUCCUAGUCCCUAGAAUCAGUUCCACCAUGAGCACCAUACAAGGCACAAUAAAACUCAUCAUCACCAUCAUCAACCCCAUCAUCAUCAGCAUCAUCAUCAUCAUCACCACCCGCCUGGCAACCACAGUUAUCAAGAUGAGAUGGACAGAUAAUUACGAUGCCAGUUAUUCCCCCCCUUUCACAUGGCAGCCAUUUUUGUCCGACAUCAAACUAAUGGUGGGAAGCUAAAAUGCUGUUAUAAUGUAACAAGCAACUGCCUUUUCCAUGUUGUUAGUCACAAAUGUAGCAAAACUGAUAUAAAUCAAAAUCUUGAGAGCUUUCCGAUUGAUCAGCAACUGCAAAGGACAGUGGUUAGUGAAAAAACAGAGGGACAUGGGCUCAUGUUGUAGAUCAUUUAAAUUAAAUAGAAGGUACUUGUGCACAAAUGAAGCGAAAAGUGCUUCAUUUAAUGGUUUAGAGUUAAACCAUUUGUUGAGUAAGGCCCACAUCAACUCUGUAAGGCUCAACAAUAAUCUGUGGCCUCACAGAUUCGACCCCCUCCAUGCUAGUUCUUACCGCUAUCAAACCCACUCACAGAACUUUUUUGUGUUAUCACACUCUUAUUGUGCAUUUCAUUUGAUCUCGAAAGUCGAACAUUUUUAAGUAGCCAGUCUGAUAUGUCAUCAGGAACGCCCCCUGAAGUCAGUAACCCGACUCAGAAACCUAGAACUUCAGUAACCCGAGUUAAAUCCAACAUGGCUUUUCCACCUUGUUACCAUUCGUAACUGGAACGUGGUUAAAUGGGGUGUGACGUUAUUCGCAGCUCCGACAUUCGGCUUUCGAGGUAAAUGGAAAGCACCAUAAUAACAAUGACUUUAUUUAUAAAUCAACUUAAAAACUAUUUUAAAAAAUCCAAACAAAAAAAUGCAAGAAAAGAAAAAGAGAAAAGAGAAAAACUGAGUAAGGAGUCUGUAGAUGGAUGUGAGAAAGAGGACAUCCCAUAGCCUGGCACACUCACAAAGGGUAGACUAUGGGAAGAGAAGACAAAGCAAAACAAACCCAUUUGUUUACAUCAAAGAACUGCUAAUGUUAGCAUACACUUCCUAGCUUAUUUCUAGUGUUAGCUAGGAAUUGGCUGAACACAAGAAUUACAGUUUGAUAGUGCUAAAAAGAUCGAUGGGUAAGGAUUCAAUUCCUAGCUUAC